AUGUCUGCAUUUCCUGCGAGAGUCGACAUCCUCAUAGUUGGCGCAGGCCUCAGCGGUCUCUACCAACUCUAUCACCUGCGGAAGCUCGGAUUCAGCGUAACUAUUUUCGAGGCAGGAGGGGGUAUCGGCGGCACCUGGUACUGGAACUGUUAUCCAGGCUCCCGCGUCGACACCGAUGCAACCAAUUAUCAACUUUCUAUCGAUGGACUCUGGCAGGACUGGAGCUACGCGACGUUGUUCCCUGAUUGGCAGGAACUCCGGAAAUACUUUGCGUAUAUCGACCGCACGCUCGACCUUGGCCGCGACAUCUCGCUUAAUACGCGCGUGGUUGCCGCUGAGUUCGAAGAAGCUACCGAUGAGUGGUUGGUUAGAACGCAGAAAGGCGACAUUGUGCGAUGUCAAUUCUUGAGCUUUUGCACGGGCUUUGCGUCCAAGCCGUACAUCCCAGAAUUCAAAGGACUGGAUACGUUUCGCGGGAGACUGCAUCAUACUGGAACAUGGCCCCAAGAAGGCGUUGAUCUACGAAGCAAACGGGUGGCAGUCAUUGGUACGGGUGCAAGCGGUGUACAGGUUGUUCAGGAAGCCGCGCCUAUUGCUCAACAAGUCACCAUCUUCCAACGCACUCCCUGCACCGCCCUGCCUAUGGGUCAGCGCAAACUCGAUAUCGAGGACAUAAAGAAGAUGAAAGAAGGGCAGCUCAAGGCUUUCACCGAUCGGAAGAAAUCAUACGCAGGGCACAGCUACGAUUUCACCGAUAGAAAUAUGGCCGAUUGCACGCCGGAGGAACAGGAGGAGCUCUACAAGCAGUUGUACGCGCGCGGGGGGUUCUAUCCGCUGUUCGCUGGAUUCCGGGAAAUUUACACGGACGCCGCCGCGAAUGACUGGGUAUAUGCGAUGUGGAGGGACAAGGUCAGAGCGCGUAUCAACGACCCCUGGCUGCAAGAAAAGCUUGCGCCCACUAUCAAACCAUAUCCAUUUGGCACCAAACGCCUUCCAUUGGAGCAGAAUUAUUACGACUUAUUCAAUCAACCGAACGUCAGCCUCAUCGACAUCAAUGAAAACAGCCUAACGCAGAUCACCCCGAAAGGCAUACAAACAGCGGACGGGGUUGAGCACGAAUUCGAUAUCAUCGUGUUGGCCACUGGCUUCGACGCUAUCACUGGCAGCAUGACGCAGAUCGACAUCCGCGGUACUGAAGGCGUGACCAUCUUCGACAAAUGGACUGCCUUCGCUCGCACAUAUCUUGGACUGAUGACGACAAAUUUCCCGAAUAUGUUCUUUACAUACGGGACUCAGGGGCCCACUGCGCUCAGCAAUGGCCCCACGGCCGCAGAAGUGCAAGGCGAUUGGAUCAUCCAUUGUCUGGAAUACAUGCGAGCCCACGGGUUCUCCAGGAUUCAUGCGAAGAAGGAAGCCGAAGAGGCGUAUACGAAGCUCGUGGGUGACCUCGGAGAUCAAGGCUUGUGGAUGAAGGUCAAGUCGUGGUAUACCGGGGCCAACAUCCCCGGCAAGACGAUCCAGCAUCUGAACUUUUCGGGGGGCGUGGGCGUGUAUGCUGAGAUGUGUCGAGAGAAUGAGGCGAAUGGAUAUGAAGGGUUCGAAUUGACUUCAGGCAGAGUCAGUAGCGGCCCGCCGGCGCGGUCUAUGUUGUAG